GAUCUUUCAUAGCUAGGCCCAUUUCGGGAAUCCCACCCUACUACCCCUGCCUAGCUCUGCCCCUGUUUCCUGUGCCUGUGCCUGUGCCUGUGUCUGCUUCUCUCGGCCAAUCUCUUGUCUCUCUGUUAUAUCAUAUCUCUCCUCCUCUAUUGUGUGUGUGUGUGUGUGUGUGUGUGUGUGUGUUGGGUCAUCCUCGUCGUCCUCGGCUACCUGGUUUUCACGGAAUAAAAGGGCUUUGGUAGGGGAUUGGUGUGGUUUAGACGUCUAGUUUUGCUGGGUGGAUGCUGGGGAUGCGGUGAGGGGAAAAGAUAAGGGGGGAGAGGGGCUUGCUUAAGCCUUAAUGGGAACACAGAACACGACACGCACAAGUUUGAAAAAGGCGGAGUUAUGGCCCUCACUUAAUUCCAUCAGUUAUAUUUAUUUUUAGGUGAAAGGCGUGCGCGAUGGGGUUCUCUCGAGAGGGUUGGGAGCGUUGUGGGCUGAGGAGGGGUCGAGAGAUGGGAUGUCUUCUCUCUCUUCUUCUCUCCUGCUCCCCCUCCUCCUCAUAGAUCUCCGUUGUCACUAAUAAAAAGGUUGCGCCUUUCCCGGAGCUCUUCUUUGUAGACCCGAUCUGGUGCCUAUCUCUUCUUCUCAUCUGGGAUCCCCCCACGCCGCCUGGGUUCUCAAUCAGAUCUCCCGUAGUAUUCAUUUAUGUUUCUAGGAUUUUGAGAAGCGCUUUUGACGUGCAUUCAGCGCUAACCAUCUGGCCUCUCUUUGCUCCUCUCGCCAUUUAUUUAUUAAAGAGAGGGCCUUUCACCGUCUUCUUUUCUCUUUUCUCUUUUCUUCAUUCUCCAUUUCAAGCCCCCCCCUUCUUCUUCUUCUUCUUCUUCUUCUUCUUCUCUCUCUCUGUGUUUCUGUGCCCGCUCGCGCGUCUGCGUGUCUUUUUGCAGCGACUCAUGGCGAACAGAUCGGGCGAAGAUAACAGCUUCCUCUUCACGGACGAGGAAUUGCGCGAGAUGAGUGGGUUGAAGAAAGGUAGAGACUUCAUCGAGGUAACAUGUGGCUGCACCAGCCAUCGCUAUGGAGAUGCCGUGGGGAGACUAAGGGUUUCCGCCUCUGGUGAUCUUGAGAUCACCUGCGAGUGCACGCCUGGUUGUCAGGAAGACAAGCUGACACCAGCUGCUUUUGAGAAGCAUUCUGGACGGGAGACUGCUAGGAAAUGGAAGAGUAAUGUAUGGGUCAUAGUUAAUGGAGAGAAGGUUCCACUAGCAAAAACAGUCCUCUUGAAAUACUACAAUCUAGCAUCAAAACAUAUGAAUGGAUCUCACAAAGGCCCCAAUGGGCGUCCUUGUCAUCGUGAUGAAUUUGUUCGCUGUACAAGGUGUGGCAAAGAACGCAGAUUCCGUUUGAGAACCAAAGAGGAGUGCCGUGUUCACCAUGAUGCUGUGGCAGAUCCUAAUUGGAAAUGCUCUGACUUGCCAUUUGACAAGAUCACAUGUGAAGAUGAUGAAGAGCGGGCGAGCCGCAAAGUUCUCAGAGGAUGCUCCCGCUCUCCAUCAUGUAAAGGUUGCACUUCAUGCGUCUGCUUUGGAUGUGAAACCUGCCGUUUUGUGGAUUGUAGCUGCCAGACCUGCAUGGACUUCACAAGGAAUGCAGAAACUUAAGACUUACCAGUGGUUUAGCAUCAGAGUCAUUUUAUGCCUUGCUCUUUAUCCCAUUUUGGAUCUUUGGGGCAUGGGCACCAUCAGGAAAAUUGAAUUCUAGAGGCGCCUUGAAAUUUCAGUGGCCGGGUUCAGUAUUUUUUUUUUUUUGGGUUUGGGGGGUGUUCUUGGUGACUAUUUAUUUAUUCUGCUACUUUGUGGAGAACUUUUCUCUUUUCCAUAUUUAUUGCUUCAUGAAUUUGUUUUGUGCUGAAUGGUUAAUCAUCUUGAAACGUAUCAUAUAGUUUCUGAUUGGAACUCA